GUCAAGCGGAAAUUUGCAGCAGCAACUCUUUCUAGAAAUUUGUGGCAGUUUCUAGUUAACCUACGCUAGGUAGGUCUGUGUAAGUUUAUCUUGGCUAAACACAACCAGUCGCUGCAUUGGAUAUAAACGUAUAGUUGUGAAAACUGUUGAGUCUUUUGUUAUAUCUGCUUUAAGAGUGGGGAUUCGGGUUAGCUUCGUUUAGCCCCCUAACUUAGCCGAGUCAUAUCCAAAGCUAACGCUGUCGGCGUUAGGUUGUGUCUGGAGUAAUGGCGAAGAUAGACUACAGCGUGUGGGACCACAUUGAGGUGUCAGACGAUGAAGAUGACACCCACCCCAAUAUCGAUACACCCAGCCUCUUCAGAUGGAGACACCAGGCACGUGUGGAGCGAAUGGAAGAGUUCCAGAAAAAAGGUGAAGAAAUGAACAAGUCACUCAGUGAAUGCCGGCGUAAGCUGGCAGAGGCACAGAAGAAAAUACAGGAGCUGUCCAUUUCUUCAACGGAUGAUGCCAAAGCAGAGCUGAGCAAAGUCCAGACAGAGGAGAAGAAACUGAAAAAAGAGGAGAGGGACUGGGAGAAGAAGGUGGCUGAACAUAAACGGGAAGGGAAUAAGAUGCCCUGGAACGUGGACACGCUCAGCAAGGAGGGCUUCAGCAAGAGCAUUGUUAAUGUCAAACCUGACGAGAGUGAAGAGACCGAAGAACAGAAGGAGCAAAAGCAUAAAACCUUUGUGGAGAAAAAUGAGAAGCAGAUCAAACAUUUUGGCAUGUUGCGACGUUGGGACGACAGCCAGAAGUACCUCUCUGACAACCCUCAUCUAGUAUGUGAAGAGACUGCCAACUACCUGGUCAUCAUGUGCAUUGACCUUGAAGUUGAGGAGAAACACGGAUUGAUGGAGCAAGUGGCUCAUCAGACCAUCGUCAUGCAGUUCAUUCUAGAGUUGGCAAAAAGCCUCAAGGUUGACCCCCGCGGCUGCUUCCGUCAAUUUUUCGCCAAGAUUAAGACAGCAGAUCAGCAAUACCAGGAUGCUUUCAACGAUGAGCUGGAGUCAUUUAAGGAUCGGGUUCGGGGCAGAGCAAAGAUCCGCAUUGAGAAGGCCCUAAAGGAAUAUGAGGAAGAGGAGCGGCAAAAACGAAUGGGACCUGGGGGGCUGGAUCCUGUUGAAGUGUAUGAGUCCCUGCCAGCUGAGAUGCAGAAAUGCUUUGAUGAAAAGGACAUCCAAAUGUUACAAGAUGUUAUCAGCAAAAUGGACCCAACGGAGGCAAAGGCUCACAUGAAGAGGUGCAUAGACUCAGGGCUCUGGGUCCCCAACUCCAAGACAGACGAUGGGGAUGAGAAAGAGGAAGAUGCGACGUAUGAGGAGGUGAAACAGGAGCAGGAAGAAACUAAGAAGGAAUAACCAACACCGAUCCUGUGAUUUGUUGUUUCUGCAGAUGUACUUACCCACUGUAUUGCGACUCCACUAUGUGUAUGACUAGUUUGCCAAUCAUGGAACAAUGAGAUAACUUCUCUGAAACGUUUGGGCUGAGAAUUAAAGGAAUACUUCGCCCACAAAAUGAUCAUUUGUUUAUCAGUUACUCUGUGUUACCUUCAAUUUGUGAAUUAAAAUAAGUUCUCUUGCAUGCCUCCGCGGUGAACGAAGAGUCCAAAAAUAAAGAAAAUUCUUGAUGAACUGGAGUAAAAGAAGUCCGCAUUUAAAAACAGCAAAACUAUAUUAAAAUAUCUGUUUACAAACUCACAAAUGCACAACUCGUGCAGCACAAUCAAAGUCUCUUAAACAUGGCCCAUCAAAGUCAUCAAAAAUGUUUGCAAUAUUUGGAUUCUUCGUUCACCGUAGAGGCAUGCAAGAAAACACACUCUAGGGAAUUCAAAGAAACACAGGGUGAGUUAUUGAUAAAAAAGAGGCAUUUUGUGGAUAAAAUAUUCCUUGAAGGGAUUAGUGUUGACUUAUCUGCACUAUGUUGCAUCAGUAACUCCUGCUUGGAAAAGAAACUGCUGCUUGUGUUUUGAUCUUUUAUCCAUUUGGACUUCAGCUGUAUUCUUACAUUUAUUUGUGUUCACCUGUUAAUUUGUUUGGGAGUGUAUGUGCACACAUGCCUGCCUGCUUCGUUCGUGCUGUUGUAUAGUUGAAAAGAACUUCUAUACAUUUUUGGGUUGUGCAUACAGUGAACUGGAUGGAUGGAUUUUUUUUAAUCAUUUACAAAUUUAAGAUUUUUUUGUUAGACUUUUAGGGCUUGAGCAACCAAUGUAUUCAGACGGUCAUUUCUCCAAAGUGACAUUUUCUACAAACUUGCUUAACUAAAGGUUGAAUUAUAUCCAACUACUCAAGACCAAGGUGUUUUGCUUGUGUCUAAAAAACUGCUGUUGACAUGUUUUUCCAAAUCAUAGAUGUCAAAAAUGUGAGUCAUGAGAGUUCCCAAGAAAAUAAUCAUCCGUGAGACCUUUCUCAUGCACUGUGUCUGUGCAUGAGUUUCUAAUGAAUUGGCAUUUACAGAUGACAUUUGUAUAUAUGGUGACUCAGAGGUACUAGAGAUCAGUAGGUGGACAUGCUGUCACCCUCAGUACAUGACAGUAAACAUUUAAUUUUUAAAGACAAAAACCAGUAUUAAACACAAAAAGCACUCCCAGAAGUGCUAGAUAGGUGUAGUUGGGUUCUAUACCUUUAUUGUCAAUGCUUUUAUUUUGAAGGUUAGAGUGUUUAAUUGGAAAUUUUCUCUGUCAGAGUUGACAUUUACAAAUAAACAAAUAUUAAGUGAAAUGGCAAA